AUGGACAUUCGAGUUGAAUUGGGAGAACCACUCGACGAAAUCAUUGAUGGUCUCGAAUUUGACAAUAUCCCACAAAAAACGAUCCCACUAGGACACCCGUUUCGAUUUGGUAUUCAAACAAACUCGCUCAAUGAAUUGGAAAACUAUGAUUUCUAUAUGUAUUGGGACAGUGGAGAACGCUCAGAUAUCAUUCGACCAGAAUACCAAGAUUCGCCAGGUGGAAUUAAGAUGUAUUUCACGCUCAGUUUCAAUGAAGCAACAUCAGUGGAGUGUCAAUUCAUGCAUGGAGACGAUGAAAUCGACGAUUCAUUUUUUUUGUCCUUCGCCCCGUCUGGACGGUUGAUGCACGAAGGAGUGGAAGCGCACCGUCAGCCCAUUAAAUUUUGGUUCUUGUACGAUCAAAAUACCAUCUCGAAUAGAAUCUCCGUUUCGCUCUCCGUUGCCAGCAGGAUUAAAACCCGUAUGAUCACACCAACCAUCCGCAACAACGGUGAAAUUCAAUUUGACUAUUCCAUUGAGGUCAUCAGAGAGCAUGUCAUUCAUAUGGUUUUCCAGUUCAACGCCCGACGUGUUCGACAUCAUCAAACAUUUCAAUUAGAAGUUGACUACAAAUCGUUCACAGAAGAUUCCAAAUUGAAAUAUGAAACAGAAGAAGUCAGGGAUUGA